CAAAGACAAACCGGAGAGAAAACCCAAUAGCCUGCAACUUUACAAACUGCACCAAGCAUAACAGCUCCAAAACUCUUCAUCCCAAAUUCAAUCCCCCGCCACCAUGAGACGCUCCUGGCCACGCGAUGGCAGUCGCGUGGAGGUCAGUGCUGCCCGUCAUCCUCUUCUUUGCCCUCCUCGCCUUCGAAGACUGGAUAUCGCAUCCUUACUGCAAGACCAUGCCAGGCAGGGAUCCCGACGAUCAUGUUGGUCCCGAGCAGGAAUCAGAGGAUGAUUUGAAGGUGAUGCUAGUCGCCAAUCUACUGUUAUUCGGUUCGGAGGCUGGUUUUGUCAACCUCUACUUCAGGGAUUAUUACAUGUCCAAGUUCUUCAAGAAAUCGUUCCACAGAGUUAAGCCUGAUUUGCUACUUGUCUUGGGAGAUAUUUCGGCAAAGGGUUCACAGUUAACAAAAACUAAGUGGUUGUCUGUCUUCCAUCAAUUUCAUUGGAUGCUGGGACCUUUUCUUGGUCUUCCUUAUCAUGUUGUACUUGGGGAUAGAGAUUUUGGAGAAUGCGGCGAGCUUGAUGCAAAGUUUGUUAACUGGAUAACUAGGAAGUUUCCUGGGUUGGACUCAUCAGGUUGUGGUGCCUUUAAAAUUAGUAAUGUUAGCUUUGUUUCUCUUAAUUCCGUGGCCCUGCUGUGUGGCAACAAUGAACUACGGUUUAGUGCUGAGAAAGCCAUAGAGAGUGAGAGUUUAGGUCUACAAAUGAAAGCUAAUGAUGCAUCCAAAACUAAUGAAGAUUCUAGCAAGUUGAGGACGAAGUCACAUGACUUUGGGUGGAGAGAAAAUGCUAUUUCGUCUGGAGCAGGACCAGUCCUAUUGCUUCACUUUCCUUUGCAUCAAACAAGAAAAGGCAGUUAUGGAGAAGGCAAUGCUUUCAAUGGAGCUCUUACUCCACCACAUCAAAGCUCAAGGACACAGAGGAUGGGGUUCAGUGAUACCAGUCCAUAUGAGUUAUCAUGCACUGUCCCACCAAAUGCCACUGAAUAUAUUUUCCAAGCUCUUAGGCCAAGGAUAAUUUUUAGCGCACAUGCCUAUGAAUUUUAUGACUACGUUCAUUUUGAUGGGACCCGUGAAAUAACUGUUCCAGCCAUGACAUGGAAAGCAAGGGAUGACCCUGGUUUUGUUGUUGCCACUUUCAGAAGAAACAGGAGCGUUGUAAGUGUCAGCUAUUGCUCUCUUGCUCGAGAAUCUCAUGUACUAUUAGCCUAUAGCACUUUUUUGGUUAUAUUACUUAUGAUACCGCUUCUAGCAAGUACACCUAAAUUUAGAUCUUUAAGAUGGUGAUGGAGGAAUACUUCACCAACAUUUGUUGUGCAUUAACUUUUUUGUCUUAAUUUGGUAAACAUCUAGAGUCAAGCUACAGGAUGGGAAGAGGACGAAGGUCUUUGUCAUUGCAAAUUCUUUGUUCAGACCUUAGUCUGGCCUUUAAAUGAUUGGGUGAUGCGACCUUAUAAAUUUUAUUUUACUAAUAUAGUAUUUCCUUCCAUAUUCUUUGACAAACUCUAGGGGUGCUAUCUUAGAGGACUUGCACUGUUCACCCAAAUUUUACUAUGUUAGUGAAAUGCUCAA